UCAGCUGACUAUUCUCUUUAUUUCUUGAAGAGCCUUAGAGUUGGUUUUUUGGAAGCAGAUUUUAGUUUACUGCUAAAUUAAUAUUAAUUAAAAUGUGGAUUCUAUUUGUUUCAAAUUAUUAUUUGAUCACUACAAUAUCUUUUUUGUAAUUUUUUUAAAUUUCAACUUUUGUUUUUUUUUACAAAUUCACAUCACCAUAAAAGUUAGGUUAUCUUUCACCGCGUAUGCAAUUUCUCACUUAUAAAUGAUUAUUGAAAACAGAAACAACCAACUAAUUAUUAUCUAUUUGUAAUGGAAAGAGCAGAAUGCAAUGAAGUUUGGAUAAAAAAUGAAUUCAAUGAGUUGGAGAAUAAAGAUGCAUCUUCAAUAAGUUCAGAAGAUUCAUAUAGUAAAACAAUUGGAGAAAAUCAAGUUACAGAUGAUGAAGAAAACUUGGAAAACAACAACUUACGACAAAACUUUGAAAAUGAGGAGGAGGAAGAAGAAGAAGUAGGAGGUGAAGCAAAAGAGAACAAUGAUUAUGAAAUAAGAGAAGAAAAGUGGGAGGAGGAGGUGAAAGAGGAGGAGGAGGAUGAAGCGGGUAACGAGGAUGAUGAGAGAGAAGGAGAUAUAGAAGAAAAGACUGAUAUUCCUGAUGUACUCUAUCCAAAUAUUCUCAUUGAAAAUGGCUCGCCAAUUAAAUUGGUUGACGAUUUGCAAGAAGAUUUAUUAAAUAAUUUAAAACCAAACGAAAAUGAUGACCUUGCAAAAGCUGGAGUCUUAAUCCACUGUACAAAGUGCAAGAUAAUUUUGACGAGCAAUGCAGCCCUCCUGGACCACCGCAAAAUCUGUUCAGCCGUGCCCUAUCCAAUGGAGAAGCCUCCGACGCCUGUCAUCACCUACCCCGAGUUUUGUGACGGGCGCCUAGCCAACCCUAAGCCGACGGUUAGGAAGCGGAUUCGCAAUAAGAACAAACCCAAAACUCAGCAGAAGGCGGCCCUGUUCGAGAUAAGGGAUGGCCUGUUCUGGUGUACGCAGUGCAGCUACAAGACUGCCACAGAUAGCGGCCUACGGCAUCACCGCCGCGCCCACCAGGAGCGGCUGGCCAGCUUCAAGUGCCACCUGUGCGCCUACGGCUGCGCCAAGUCACGUGACCUGGAGCGGCACCUGCGCACGCACACGGGCGAGCGGCCAUUCAGGUGUGAGAUCUGCCACUACCAGUGCGCCAGUCUGUCCAACCUCAAACGACACACCAUGCGUCACACCGGCGAACUGCCCUAUGCCUGCAAGGAAUGCGAUUUCAGAUGUGCCAGAGUCGGAACCCUGGAAAUCCACGAGCGAACACACAAUAAACAGAAGCCCUACCAGUGUAAGCUGUGUGCUCGCGCCUUCGCAGCGGCUUCAAGUCUCAAGAGGCAUGAAGGAAUGCAUGCUGGGGAUCUCAUGUGUAACGAAUGUGACUACAGGUGCGGCCAAAAGCAUCUGUUGAAACGACACCUCGAAAGACACGAGAGAGACCGUCUAAAGAAGAAAGACAACGACGGCAGCGAAGGCAAGAAAAAGAAGAAGAAGAAGGGAAAAGAGAAGAAGAUGUCCAACGAAAGGGUGGAAUGUGAUAGGGAAAGAACAGUGGCUGACAAAAUAGAAAGAGAGGAAAAUAUGAUACUAAUAAACGAAGAAAGUGUUGAGAAUAGUGUUAGAAUAGAAAGAGAGGAAAAUAUAAUAGUGAAAGAAGAAAAUUGUUGAAAAUAAUUGUAAAAGUUGAGAGUGAUAUAAUAUGCUAGUUUAUUUUAUAGUGAGGUC